CUUCACAUCGUCAAUCAUUCAGUGAUUAAAGACUUGCUUGUUAUUUCUGUGUAGAGGGCGAUAUUCGCCGGUGAGCCCAAGAUGCCGAGCCAAUCUGGAUUUAUAUACUUUGCCAGCGAUCAGAUGAUGUUUUUGAAGAAGAAAAUUUCCAACCACCAAGACUGCCUAGCCGAAGCUAAGAAACUUUGGCAGAAGCUCCCUACAAAGGAGAAGGAACAUCACAAAGAACGCAUACAUGCGAACAUGAAACAAUACUCAGAGGAUCUGCAAAAGUGGUUCCAGGCGCUGACUCCAGAAGAGCAAACAGAAUAUUUAAAGCAAAACCCCAACAAGCUGAAGUUUCUUGAUGCCAGAGGAAGAACGGUGCCCAGCAGAGAAGAGCCACUUUUGUGUCAGCCUUCAGACUCGGAAGACGAAGACAUUGGGGACAUCAACAAUGAAGAAGGAGACAUUUGGAGAAGUUAUGAGGAUGAGGACGAAGAGGACGACAACAUGUUCGACAUGUAUUGACCGACGUAGUCAAAGUUACAAGGGAAACUUGGAUUGAUCAACAGAUCAUCAACUGAAUUUGACGGGAUGAAGAAAAGCAACUACAGCCUAUAAAGCUGCAUCGUUUGCUUGGCUGGGAGGCUUUCCUAUCAUGCUCCUGUUCACUUUUACAGUGUUCAGGUCUGGACUAUCUGCACUUUAAAAAAAAAAAAAAAAACACAAUUAUCAUAACCGAGGAGUAUUUGACAGCAGAUCAGUGUAUCUGCUGUCAAGGAGGAAAAUUACAACAGAAAAAUCAGUUUCUGUGAUUUGGACAGAAGCUGUUUAAAAAAAUUCAUCUAUUUGAGAUGAUAAAUUAGAUAUUCUCAAUUUCUUUCUAUCUCCUUACAUUUGUACAUGAACAUGUUUUUAUACAGAAGCAUUUUUAGAUUAAAAUUGAUGAAUAAAUCAGAAUCAGACAUACCUUAAUAAUCCCAGAGGGAAAUUACUUAAACAUAAGUAUAAGUAAUUUAAGAAAAAAUGGCCGCUUUCAAACAGGUUAUUGAGGGACACAUGAUCAGCAACAUUAGUCAGCUUGGCUGUGGAGUUUAAACAAAGCUCAGUUGUUGUUUUUCUUUAAUUAUAUAAAGCUUCUGAGAAAACAAACAAGGAAAUAGGUUGCUGAGCCAGCAUGAUCCAGUUCCAGCGGCGCAUUGGUGGAACAAAAUCAGGGAUGUAUUGUUUCUGUCUGAUCACUCUGUAAAGAUGGAUGCCUUUUAAACCAAGUAAAUAAACUUGCUCAUAAGGUUUUAUGUGUGGAUAUAGAAACACGUUUUGAAGAAUAAAAACCCAACUGGUA